UUUGCGCAUGCACUGCACUGACCGACUGUUCUCGCCCGCGGCAACGGUCUGCGCUGCGUCGCUGCGUCUGUGUAACGGCUGCCAUGUAGAUUGGCCCGCGUGCAAGAGCAAAUUGCAGCAUGUCUCGAGCGGCCUCGUUCCAAACAGCGCUGUCGGCGUUUCACAAUUACGGGCCGAUGCCGAUGCCCGCCAAGCUGAGCCCGUGCACUCCGAGGAGGUCGAGGUCGCAGAUGCAGAUUCGAGCUCUGAACACAUUUUUGCCAUAUCCGAGCUUGGAGAGAAGCAUUCAGUGCCUGGACAAGAGGCGCCUGGGCAAGCAAAGAGUCGAGGCCAUGCAAAUUCUGAACGUCAUCAGCGACGAUCCGCCGCCGGUGAAUGGAGAUCUUCUCGCGAAGCCUCCUCCGAAGGAAUUGGUGAAGCCUUUGGUUCAUGAGCUUCUCGUGGUGGCAUCCACUGCACCGAAAUCGGUCGAUGUCGCUAAAGGCAAGCGGAGGGGCUGGGUGAACGCGCCCGUAGUGCGAAUGUGGAGGGGUUACUCUGAUGCACUGGCUUGUUACUACAACAUUUGCUUGGCGGAGUGGGAGCGCCGAGGAUGUAGGAACAUACUGCUGCAGCCCAUUGAACUCCCGGCCGAUUCUGCUCCCAUUAUGCCACCUUGGUUCGGAGACGAUGCCAUUCACGCCUCUCAUAGAUCGAAUCUGCUGAGAAAGGAACCUGAACAUUACGGGCAAUUUGGCUGGACUGAACCUGAUUCUCUUCCAUACAUCUGGCCCGUGCCGCUUGUAAAAGUUCCUCCUGAAGAGAUGUAGACCAGUAGACUGGGGAUUCAUAUUCUCUCGAAUGUACCUUGAAAUGUACACUCCACCGUCUUUGAUAUAUGCUCUUGUAAGAAAUGACUUCUGUACAUUAAGACUUAAGAUAGAAUUUGCUGUAAAGACCGUACUGUACUAUAUUUCCUGUCCUCGGGUUCUUGAUUACACUCGUAUAAAAACUUGAUCGUGUUUGUUUUUCCACCUUAUCGUGAUCUCAUUCUUUCGUGGCGUGGUGAAAGUGUUUACGCCACCUUUCCGAAUAAAUAAAAAACAGGACUUUACGUACACUACGGAUAU